UCGUGUGGAAAGUGGUUGCGGUCUUAAGAAACUACAACAUACGGUCGUCGACUAUGCUUAAAUCUCGGCGCAACUGUAUCUAACUGCACUAUACUGGGCAGACCGAUUGAGUGUAAAUUUUAAGAGCACAAAUAAACGAAAAAGAGACAUUUUAACAGAGGGCCACUAAAAUAGUCCAGAUAGUAAAUAAGCAAAUCGAGUAUAUUUAUAUCGUAAAUCACAUUCAAUUCAAGUGCGUAAAAGUUAGUGAAAUCCAGAAAAUUUAAAAAUCAAAAAUAAAUAGAGGACGGGAGAGAGACAUAGAUAGAAUAUGCGGAAUUUCGUUUGAUGGCGUUGAACCUUAGGGCCGAUUAUACGAAAAAAGGAGACCGAAACAGCGAAAUUCAUGAAUACAAUAUGGCAAUUGAAAAAAUACUCCACAUUUCCAUAUGAAAAUCGCCUAUAAGUUCGCGUUUUCUUGGUGUGUAAUGAGGUCAAUUCAAUGCUUGACGACUCGAUUCACGGCAGGUGUGUGUGUGUGUGUGUGUUUUGUGUGUGCAUUAAAUGGGCAAACUGAAACUUAAACGAAUGGAAUUUUCGAUGUUUUUAUUUGGAACAUUUACUAUAACGAAAAACUGAAGCGAUUUAAGCGACAAAUAAAAGAAAAACAAAACCAAACACAUUGAAAAUAAAAGAAAGUUCGACAAAUCAAAGUUCAAAUUAUCGAAUAUUGUGCAAAUAAAUCCUUGAUAAAUUGAGUGAAAUUGAAUGAAACAUGAAAAGAAAAUAGAGUGAUAAAAGUAUUAGUUUUGAACAAAGCGCGAUUUAACUAAGUUUCAAUGUGAAAUUCCGGACCACGAAAAAUUCGUCCUUUGCAUUCUUUUCAAUUUUUAAUGUUGUUGUUGUUGUCGGUGAACGAGUCAAGCGAACACAAUUUUCUUAAUAAGAACAAAAAUCGAAUCAAAAACGAAAAGACAGCGAGAUAGAGAGAUAGAGAGAGAGAGAGAGAGAGAGAGAGAGAGAGAGAGAGAAAUAAAGAAAAUUAAUUUGUAACAUUAUAGUCGUUGGUGAGAAAUAGACAAAGACAGACAUUACAAUCCAUUAUACUAUAUAGAUUAUACACUUUUCAUUAUAUUGCUCGCGAUUUGUGCUCGAUUAGCUCCCAUUUCUCAAUUGAGAAAAAAAAACCCGAAUCAUUCCAUUUCUUGAGCGUCAAACCACCAGCAUUCUCAUUUUAUCAAUCAAACAUUUGACCGUUUGCCGCAAACCAGAUAUUAUGCAAUUUUUUUUGAAAGUAGCGCAACAAGAACCAACAAGACCAAAUUAAAACAAAAAAAAAAAAAAUAGCAGAAAAAUAGCACUAAACAUACAAAUUAAAAUCAAACACAUACACACGAUUUUUUGAAUAUGGUUUCUGGCCCACAAAACAACCGUGAAGAGGCCGAUGCACAUGCUGAAACGAAUCCGAACGUCAACACAUCUGAAGUGGAGCAGGACGACGAUAUUGACGUUGAUCAAGACGACGAACAAGACGUUGAAUAUACUGAAGACGAUUCAAAUAAUAAUCCAGACGGCGAACACUUAGAGGAAACGGAUCGCAACGGCGAUAAUACUGCACGUAGUAUGCCGAAUGAAAAUGCAAUCAACGAUGCACCAAAUUCAACAAAUGACGCUGAUAAUCACACAUCAACUGGACAUCACAUGAAAAAUAGUCCAUCUGACGAAGAAUUUUUUGCCGGACCGUCAACAGGUGGUUAUGGUCAUCAAUCCGAUGGACAUCCACGCGAUAAUAUGAGUGAAAUUUCAUCACAAGCACCGGGUUUGAUACGUUCAAAAUCACGAACCGAUAUGAGCGGUGCGAGUAGCCGUUAUCAAAAUCUCUCAUAUUGGAAGGCGCGUCGUUUGAUUUUUUAUCGAAAUGGUGAUCCAUUCUUUCCGGGCGUUGAGUAUCGCUUUAAACCAGGUCGUGAUGUGAAUAGUCUAGAAUCGUUGUUGGAUAAAAUAUCACCGAAAAUGGAUUUACCGCGUGGUGCUCGUUAUGUAUUCUCAAUGGAUGGUGAUCGAAAGUAUACAUUAGACGAACUAGAAGAUGGUGCCUCGUAUGUACUUUCAAGUUUGAAGGUUUUCAAGCCAGCAAGUUACGGUAAAAAGAACGGCAUGUGGUAUGCAUCUCCAGGCAAUCAAGGUUGGGGCAACAAAUCAGCCGCACGCAAUUCAUCCGUUUUAGAUGCAGACAUCACACCGACUGCUCCAAAUGUCCUGAAACCAAGCGCGGGCCGUGUUAUUCGAAUUGUCAACAAUUUGGAUCACAAUCAGCAGUGUCGAGUUUUACUCAAUUUACGAACGUCACAGCCAUUUGAAGAGGUGCUAGAAGAUUUGGGGCAAGUACUAAAAAUGACGGGUGCUAAACGAAUGUACACAUCAAUGCAUGCCUCCCAUGCAAAUGAAGUGCGAAGCUUUUCUCAGCUGCGCAAUGAAUUUGCCGACAUUGAAACAUUUUAUUUAGAUUCAAGUGCAACAGCAAUUGCUCCGAUUGGAUCGCCAAUCAGACGAUCACGAUCACGUAAUAAUGUAUCAACGGCAGCGGUGACAACAGCAGCUGCCACUGUUUUACACGAUGAACCGGUUAAAGCGUCCGUUCGACAACGGGCCCGAAGCAAAAGUCGUCCGCGUGUAUUGUAUGCACCAGAAAAUGAGAUCGCACAACGAGGCAGUGCCGAUUUUACUGCAUUGGAUAUUGCCAAAGAAGAUCCAAUUAAAUUAAAUAUACGAGGUUUACGACGCACGUUUUAUCCACCAAUACAUCAUCCACCUGUUGACAAUACAGCGCCAGAUAAAAAAUUACAAUUGCAAUGGGUGCACGGCUAUCGUGGAUUGGAUGUACGUAAAAAUCUUUGGGUUUUACCAUCCGGGGAAUUGUUAUAUUUUGUUGCGGCCGUUGCUGUUUUAUACGACAGAGAUGAAGAAGCGCAACGACACUAUACAGGACACACAGAAGAUAUUAUGAGCAUGGAUGUUCAUCCUUCGCGUGAACUUGUUGCAUCAGGUCAACGAGCUGGAUCCGAUCGAAAAUCACAAGCGCACGUUCGAAUUUGGAGUACUGAAUCUCUUCAAACUUUAUACGUAUUUGGGAUGGGAGAACUUAAUGUUGGCGUCACCGCCGUUGGAUUCUCUCAAUUGAAUGGCGGUAGUUAUAUAUUGGCAGCCGAUGCUAGUCCAGAGAGUGUUCUGUCGGUGUGGCAAUGGCAAUGGGGACAUUUAUUAGGAAAAGUUGCGACGUUGCAAGAGAAUUUAUCGGGUGCGGUAUUUCAUCCGUUGGAUGAUAAUUUGAUAAUAAGUCAUGGACGUGGCCACUUAUCAUUUUGGCAUCGUCGCAAAGAUGGUUUCUUCGAACGAACGGAUAUUAUAAAGCAGCCGUCGCGAACGCAUGUGACAAGUGUUCAAUUUGAACCGGAUGGUGAUGUGAUCACGGCCGAUACAGAUGGUUUUAUCACCAUAUACAGUGUUGAUGCGGAUGGUGCCUAUUUCAUUCGUAUGGAAUUUGAGGCGCAUAGCAAAGGUAUCAGCAGUUUAGUGAUGUUAUCAGAAGGUACUCUAUUGUCGGGUGGUGAAAAAGAUAGAAAAGUGGCCGCAUGGGAUUCAUUACAAAACUAUAAAAAAAUUAAGGACACAAAACUACCAGAGUUAGCCGGUGGGGUGCGUACAAUAUAUCCACAGCGACCGGGUCGAAAUGAUGGUAAUAUUUAUGUUGGUACCACACGGAAUAGCAUUGUUGAAGGUUCAUUGCAACGACGAUUCAGUCAAGUGGUCUUUGGCCAUGGUAGACAAUUGCUCGGUUUGGCCGUUCAUCCCGAGGAGGAGAUCUUUGCAACGGCCGGUUGCGAUAAAAAUAUCGCUUUAUGGCGACGACAAAAACUUUUAUGGACAUGUCAUUCGGGCUACGAAUGCGUAUCGUUGGCUUUCCAUCCAUUUGGUUCAGCAUUAGCGGUGGGCAGCACUGAGGGACAUUUACUUAUUUUGAACGCUGAAAAUGGCACCACCAUGAUCACACUCAGAGUUUGUGGUUCACCAUUGAAUUGCAUCAGUUACAAUCAAGUUGGCGAUAUGAUAGCGUUGGGGUCGCAAAAUGGAUGUAUCUACCUGUUUCGUGUAUCAAGAGAUGGAUUUUCUUACAAAAAAUUAAACAAAAUUCGUGGCACACAACCAUUACAGCAUGUCGAUUGGAGCAUGGACGGAUUCUUUUUGCAAACGGUUACCGUUGAUUUUGAUUUACUUUUCUGGGAUGUUCGAAGUUUGUCGCCCGAACGAAGUCCAAUUGCAAUGAAGGAUAUAAAAUGGUUAUCACAAAAUUCGACCGUUGGCUUUUUGGUGGCUGGCAUGUGGAACAAUCGAUACUAUUCGAAUUCAUCGACAACAAUAACUACAUGCAAUCGAGCUUCUGGACACGAUAUGCUGGCGUCUGGCGAUGCUGAAGGCUAUAUUCGACUAUUCAGAUACCCGUGCAUAAGCAAUCGCAGUGAAUAUCAUGAGAUAAAAGCGUAUUCGGGUGCAAUUGGUUGUCUGCGUUUUCUUUACGGUGACAAUUCACUAGUUACAGUUGGUGGAACUGAUGCAUCUCUAAUGGUCUGGGAUCUAAUUGAAGAAUAACCUCGGUGGGCGCCGUGGCGCAGUUCAUUUGUAGAGCCACAGCAGCACACACAAACUGUUCUAGAAUCACAACGUUCAUUUAUAGCAUCUCCCGUAUGUACCGAUAAUCUAAUGCCAAACAAAUGGAAUACCAGAACCGAGCGACGAGACAGUUCACCAACGAUAAUGCAUAUGGAAAGAGAGAGACAUCGAAAUCAACGUGACAGAGGCUUCAAUUAUGUAGAUCAUAGAAUAUUUUCACCAAAUGAUUCAUUUUCCAUAGUUGACUUUGAUUGAUUUCCAACCAUUUAAAUCAAAUGCAAAUGUGUGCCAUGAAUUCGAUUGAGAUUUUCCACAAAAAUUGAUUGAUAUUAUUCUCUCUCACACACUCUCUCUUUGUCUCUAACGAAAGUGUUUUUUUGAGCUUGAAUUAAUAGAUGAAGAAAUUGCCCGUUCUUCGGUAAAUCAACCAUAAAUAAGUAAAUGACUCUUCCGAAUGUGUGUGAUUAGGCGCACUUUUUGCACAUUAAAUUUGAAUAUCGUUGACCUUGCCCAAAAAAACCCAGUGACAUUCAUCCAGAAUUGAUUUUUUUUCUCCAGUUGAAUGAAAAAGAUUUUUUACAGUUAAAAUACAUAUAUAGAAACCAAUGAUACCGUUGACGCCAUUUCAUCAAAUCAUUACCAUUUUGAAAGCGAGUGAUGAAGUCGAUGAUUAAAAUAAUGUUAGUUAUUUUCACAUAUUUGAAUAAUAUUUUGCAGAGCUUCAGAAAAAUUUUGCCUCUUUUCUAUUCAUAUUACAUCGCUGUCAGCUUCCACCAAAACAGAUUUCGUUUUUUCCAAACACAAACACUUUUAUAAGAAAAGCAAUCAUUUUUUUCUUCCCUGAAUGUAUUUCUAUUCAAAGAAAGGUGAACGUAGAAUAACACAUUUCUCUUCAACUAACAUGAAAUUUGUCCAUUUCAAAUAAGAAUGCUUUUCCAUUUACGUACGAAACAAGUGCCUUCGAAUCGUUACAUUCCUUCCGGAAUACCAUUUUUGAGAGAGCAACUUUUUUUCCAUUUGAAAAUUGUGCUUCCGACACACAUAGUCACAAAUUCAACAUUUUUCCAUUUUCUUUUGACAUUAUGUCCGCCGAUUUUUGUUCUACCUCUCAUAUUCACCCAAUUUUAUAUCACAAUGGCACCUUCAGAUCAACCUUAUAAAAAGCGGAUUAAAAAUAGGAAACACACACACACACACACAGUUUACUGAACUCAUUUCAAGUUAUAUUAAAGAAGAACCCGAAGAAGGAGUAGACAAAUUAAAAUCAAUUAUUAUUAUACAAGAUAAAAAAUCUAGUGUUUAAGAUAAGCUGUGGACCAUUUCCUAUGUCUAUAGCGCUCUAAUCACAUACCAUAAACUGUUUCAUUGAAAAACAGUAACGAUGCAUUUUUAACAAAAUCAAACUUCCAUACAGUGAAAUACAAUUGCAAAUAAAACAUUUUCUUUCCUUUCUUUUCCCUUGGAAUUUAAAUUUUGGUUCUGUUUUGUUGUUAUUGUUAAAGGAAAAAAAGAAAGAAAAAACAGAAAACCAAAACAUUCCUUCCGGACGGGAGAAAUUACGUAGAACAUACAACAACCUCUCUCGCACCUUGUCUCACCACUGUAAACUUUUGUUUAAAUUUGAUCAAAAUAAAAAUGAACUUUAUCGGAAUCACAAA